UCUCUCCGUCCUCCCUCCACUUCGCCAUUGUACAUUGAGCAUGAAGAGUGAGGCCAUCCAACUUGCACAGUACAUCGCCGGCCCUUGCUUGGCCGGCGUGUUCAUGAACGUGAUGUUGUAUGGGGUCAUGCUCACACAAACGUUCUUUUACUAUUCGACAUACAGACGGGACGCAAAAUGGAUCAAAUUCUAUGUCGGAAUUCUUUUCUUUGCUGACACACUGAACUCGAUGUUCAACAUGUGGUGGAUUUACAAUGUCCUUGUGAACAACUUCGGAAACAUUGAGGCCGUCACCGGCAUCAUAUCCGGACAAGUGCAACUUUUUUACGCAUGGAGACUGCGCAAGCUCAGCGCGCCCAAAUGGGUCGUCGUGUGCAUAUCCGCCCUCGCUGUCAUCAGCUGCUUGGGUGCAAUCGGCACUGCAAUCAACAUGGCCAUCAAGCCGCUCUUCGUCAACUUUGUGCAUUACAAGCAGAUUGCCCUCACGUGGCUCGUCUCGUCCGCUGUGUGUGACGUUGCAAUCGCUGGCGCAAUCACCCUGCAGUUGAAACGCAGCCGCACAGGUCACACGCACACGGACACCGUCAUCUCUCGUAUCAUCCAUAUCACCAUGUCGAACGGUCUUCUGACGGCCACUUUCGCUUUGAUGGAUAUCAUCUCUUACCUUUCGACGACGAGCGCUCUCCAUAUGGCGUUCAACUUCGUGCUGUGCAAACUCUACGGCAACUCGGUGCUUACGACGCUCAACUCGCGUUCCAUUCUCCAAUCCGCCAGCGACAAGGAGGGCAUGUUCCAGGCCACGUCUACGUCCCGCAGCGGCGAAAUCAGCGGCUUUGGGACGAAGCAUUCGAUGAACGUGUCCAAGAUUUCGCGUACGCCGGCAGGCGGUGUCGUGGUGAACGUCGAGACACACGAGAUGGUCGACGCGCCGCGUGUGACGCCGAACAAGGCCGUCGACGACUGGGACGACGGCUCGCUUGGCGAUGUUGGCGACGUCGGUGACACGAAGGCGGUCGCCGUCUGAAUCCUGCCGCACCGUUCGCCCGCCUGCGCCUGCCUACGCCCGCGCGCCCCUACUUUAAUUUAUCCUACCUAUUCUGUCCCAUGCCCUGUCGUUCUCUCGUGCCUGUGUCCGUCGCGCUGUCGCCUUACUGUAUGCCUGCGUGCUGUGAUCGGCGUCGCGUACUUCACGGACAUCUUCGCCACGCAGUGUCUGGGCUGCGUGGCCGUGUACAUGUACAUGUGUUGUGUAUACGCAUACGUGGGCCUGCCGCGGCUGAGCGGAGUGUGCGAGGCGGGUGGGCCGCAACCAACGUCUGCUGUGUGUAUUCUGGAUACCUGGUGACUCUACGAUCGGUGUAUAAUACGCAUAUUUUAGUGUUCAUGCUUUGUCUCAUCCUGGGCGGCUGCUUCUUAUGUGGGCAUGAUAUCAUUGGCUGAA